AAAAGCAAAAAAAUAAAAACAUACAACAGCCGGUGUUCGCCAGUGGUCACCCACCUGACUACUAAUCUGCCGGUUAGUGGCUUGUCUAUGGGGGAGCAGACGGGACCCCGAAUUUUCCACUACCUAUGGUCGUAUGUGCUGGUGUACUUCUUCAACCAGUUUAUAAUCAUGCAACUUGAAUUGGUCGUAACCGCAAUCUUCCCCAACUAA